AUGGCUCGCCAAGCAUCGCUACUUGCUUUCAUGCUUGAAAGGAGAUGCCUCAAGAUGAAGUACGUGGAUACGAUGCCAUGCCAGGAAAUUGCAGAAUUGUUAAAUAAAUACUAUGAAAUUUGGCAACACAUCGACGAUCAAGAAUUUGCGCACAACGAAUUUCAAGAUAUCAGAAGAAAUGACCGGGGUUGGAUAGAGACAAUCAAAGCGAUUGAACGAGUCUUCCUACAAUUAGAAGUCAUAGAGGAAAACUUGGUUCAUUCAAGUACGGAAACGUGUGAAAAGGAAGUAUGGAAACAACCCGACGGAAUUUUAAAGUGUAUCAGUAAAAACAAAAACGAGUCGUGGUCAAUGGACAAAUUGAGAAGCUGCCAGAAGAAAACAACAAGAACGAAUGAAUAA